GGUAGGGCUGAAGGAAUGGGGAAGCGAGGGAGCCUCCCGCCGGGAGGGCAGGGCAGGCUCUGCCCCGUGCGGGCUGCGGCUCCGCCGGCGGCUGCCCUCCUCGGUCCGGGCGGCCGCUGCCCUCCUCGGAGCACUGUCAUUCCGUCCUUAGGACCGCGCUGGAUGUCUCAUGUAAGUGAAAUGUGGUGCUAUCACUGGAAAUGGAAGCUGCAGCACUGUCUCUACUUGUUUACUACGUAUAUUAUAUGUAUGCAGCAAGCAGCUCAUGGAUGCUUCGACUGUAGGAUUGUGCUAACUGACCCCUCUGGAGUUUUCACUUCCCCAUGCUUCCCCAGUGAUUAUCCCAACAGCCAAGCAUGCAAAUGGAUCAUCCGAGCACCCCAUGGAUUCAUCAUCCAGCUAACUUUUAUUGAUUUUGACAUUGAAGAAGCUCCAGGCUGCAUUUAUGAUUCACUGAUAUUAGACAAUGGAGAAAGCCCAAUGAGCCUUUGUGGCAUCACUGCCAAAGGAUUAUCCUACAACUCUACUGGAAAUGAAAUGAUCGUGUCCUUUAAAAGUGACUUCAGUAUCCAAAAGAAAGGUUUUAAUGCCAGCUAUGUACGAAUUGCCGUGUCUCUGAGGAAUCAGAAAGUCAUCAUUCCCCAGGUUCCCGAUGUUGAUGCUGCGUCUGUGGCAGAGACUGUCUUAAUACCAGAGCUUAGCCAGUUUACGCUAUGCUUUGAAGCAACCAAGGCCAGUAGUGAUGACAAUGAUGACUGGAAGGUUUUCUCCUACACUGAUGUAUUGUCAACAGAAUUCUUCAGCUUUGGGAAGACCACAAAAGGCCAUUUUCUGUCCAUCUCAGGCACUCACUGCAUUCUUGAGAAUGCAUUGCUCCAAAAUCCAGAGUUUUUCACAGGGACUUUUCAACAGCUCUGUGUCGUAGGGGAUAGCUUCUUGGGUAGUAUAGGUAUAUAUGCCAAAAGCACCUAUGAUACAGUGUACUGUCCGGGUAUCAUUGGUAAAGUUAUCCCUGGAAAUGGGAGGCUGGUGCUGGGUUCUAACAGCAGUGAAGUGAGUUCUCUAAAUGGGGACAUUUACAACUUCCGCCUCUGGAAUUUCACCAUGAAUGCGCAAACACUGGCCAACCUCAGCUGCGAUGUGAAAGGAAACAUUGUAGACUGGGAAAAUGAAUUCUGGAGUAUUCCAACUUCAGCACUGAAAGCAGAAAACAAUUUGAGUUGUGGCUCAUACUUAAUUCCAUCCUCUACAAUUGAACCAACCAGUUGUGCAAACCUGGGAAGCCUUUGCCAAGCUACUGUAAAUGCUACCACUCCUACACCACCCACUGUCACCACUAACAUGCCCGAUACUAAUAGAAAAGAUAAGCCAAACAAUGACCUGCAGGAAUUCAGACUUCCUGCUACAGUUAUCUUCAGAAUGAAGAGAAAUUCACCUGAAUCGUCCCGUACAGGACCACAGAGGCAGCAAGAGUCUAAGAUAGAAGGGGUCAAAACCAUAGGAAUUAUCUCAACCCCAAUUAUUUGGCCCGUGAAACAAAGGCGGCCCCGUUUCGGUAAAAAUUCAGCAGAUGACAACCCAGAGAGAAAAAUCAUGUACAGCUUAUUUCUUCCAGCGGUGUCCGUAUCAGCUGCUUUGGAGGAGACUGGCAAUACCUGGUCUUCUUUAACAGAAAAGAUCGACCUAGAUAAUACUGUGAUGAAUCAGUUACCAAAUGAAAAUAUUUUGAAUUAUUCUAGAAGUUCACUUCGUGGCACUUCUGAUGCAGCAGAUGCUGUUACAGAGUCUUCUGUGAAUGCAGCAGUUCCUCUUCCUCAAAACAGAAGUCCUGAUACAAAGCUAGCACUGACUUUGGCAGAUGGGCCACAUCUUUCUUACUCUGAGUCAGUGUUCCACUCUACCGUUGGCAGCAGCAACACUGCUUAUGAACACAAGAAAGAAACCACGUGGAUUUCAUUCUACAACAGUGACACAACCAAUUCAAUGCAUAUAAGCAACUUCUUAGACCCUGUGAGUUGGUGGAGUGAGACUGCAUUUCAUCAUCAUAUCACUUCUGCCUUUCAAGAAGACAGACAUCACUCUCUUUCUAGCUUACCUGUAUCACCUACAGAGAAGAAAUCAUUAUUUCAAAAAAGUGGGCUAUUCUACAGGAUAUCUAUAACUGUCUUUAGUUCCCACUCCGACUCAGUGUCAAAAGUGCAUGAUGUGGUUGCAGAAUGGCUAAACCGUACUUUCCAGAACUGGAAUUACACCGUGUAUGUGGUCAAUAUCAGCAUCCACCCUGGCUCCAUAAAAGAAGGAGUAAGAGAAAAAAGAAGUAUUAAAAGUUUUGAGGUUUUGGCUCUUCUGGUUUAUAAUUCUACCAACAACAUCAAUUUGGAAGAGGAAGACAUCCGACAGAAGCUCAUAAAUAAUAAUGGGACGAUGGAAGGAGGAUAUAAGCUUCAUACUGUGGAUGUUGAUCCAGUGGAAAAAUGUUUAGCUGAAGAAAACCCUCCAAAUUAUUUUUGGCCAGAUACCAGACCAACUGUGACCAACUUCACAUUAUGCCAUGGGAGCUCAGUUCAGACUGCAUCACGAACAUGCUAUUUGGGACUGCAGAAUUAUACAUCAUACUGGGGCCAGCCUGAUCUUAGAAAUUGCACAGAAAAUGCCGCUGAUAUAGCCAAUCAGCUUCUGAAUCUUACUGGUGAAGGGCAGCAGCUAACCUCAGACAAAGUAAAUGAUGUUGUGCAGAAGCUUAAAAAAAUUGUGAAUGAUGAAGAAAUUGAUGAAUCUCUGGGUUCUACCGUGGUGACAAUUUUUUCCAAUAUUCUAACCAGUUCAGACAGUGUAUUGGCAGCAUCAUCUUCAGAAGCUUUAAAAACUAUUGAUGCCUUGGCUUUAAAGAUCCAGUUCACUGGACCAUCCAUGAGUAUUUCAACACGAAACCUUGCACUCGGAGUGUCAUCUAUAAACUCAACUUCAUUCAAAGGUGGUUCUUUCAGUGUCAGUCCACAGAACAAUGCAUCUGAGUUCCAGAUAGAUUUUGACAAGGAUCAGACAAAUGCCUUUGCUUCUGUUGUUCUGCCACCAAGUUUACUGAAGAAUUUAAGUCAAGAUGAGUUUGAAGUGAUAUCCAGGGCUCAGUUUACUUUCUUCAAUAAAAAUGGUCUUUUUCAGGAUGCAGAAAAUCCUGCCAAUUUGACCAGUUUUGUGGUGGCAUGCAGUAUUGGAAACCUAACCAUUCAGGAUCUUCAGGAUUAUGUGAAGAUUACAAUUAAGCAUACCAAAAUUCAGGAAGAUCCUAAGCCUACCUGUGUCUUCUGGGAUAUGAACAAAAAUGGUGGCGGUGGUGGCUGGAACCCUGCAGGCUGCCAAGUAGAUGCAGAGUCCAAUGAAAACGAGACAGUUUGCUUAUGUAACCACCUCACGCACUUUGGGGUCCUAAUGGAUCUUCAGAGAACUAUUACACAAAUAGACUCACAGAAUACCAAGGUCCUCACUUUUAUCACUUACAUAGGCUGUGGGAUAUCUGCUAUAUUUUCAGCUGCAACUCUUCUGACAUAUAUUGCAUUUGAGAAACUGCGAAGAGAUUACCCAUCCAAAAUCCUGAUGAAUUUGAGCACAGCCCUGCUCUUCCUUAACUUGAUCUUCUUGCUUGAUGGUUGGAUUGCAUCGUUUGACAUAGAUGGACUCUGCAUAGCUGUAGCUGCACUUUUGCACUUUUUUCUUCUGGCUGCCUUUACAUGGAUGGGACUAGAAGCAGUUCAUAUGUACAUUGCUCUGGUGAAAGUAUUCAACACGUAUAUACGGCGAUACAUACUUAAAUUUUGCAUCAUUGGCUGGGGUUUGCCAGCUGUUGUGAUAGCAAUCAUUCUAGCAAGUGCUAAUACAAACACAAAUAAUAUUUAUGGCAAAGAGUUAUAUGGCAGAGAUGCUUAUGGGCAAGGAGGAGACGACUUCUGCUGGAUCAAGAACGAAGUUGUCUUUUAUGUGACUUGCGCAGGCUACUUUGGAAUCAUGUUUCUGAUGAAUGUUGCCAUGUUUAUUGUGGUGAUGGUUCAGAUCUGUGGGAGGAAUGGGAAAAGAACUAAUCGAAGCCUGAAGGAAGAGAUUUUGAGGAACCUCCGUAGCGUGGUCAGCCUGACCUUCCUCCUGGGCAUGACAUGGGGCUUUGCUUUUUUUGCCUGGGGUGCCUUAACUCUUCCUUUCCUGUACCUCUUCUCAAUUUUCAAUUCAUUGCAAGGUUUGUUUAUAUUUGUAUUCCAUUGUGCUAUGAAAGAAAAUGUGCAGAAACAAUGGAGGAGACAUCUGUGUUGUGGCAGAUUCCGACUGGCAGACAAUUCAGAUUGGAGCAAAACAGCAACCAAUAUUAUAAAGAAGAGUUCUGAUAAUCUUGGGAAAUCCUUAUCCUCUAGUUCCAUUGGCUCCAAUUCAACCUACUUAACAUCAAAAUCAAAAUCUACAACAAAUACAUAUUGCAAACGAAACAGCCAUACAGAGAAUGUUUUUCUUGACAAACCAUCUUCAAAAUUUGCCCAAGAGGAUGGAGAACAGACAUCAAUCAUCCCUGUCCACCAGGUUAUUGACAAGGUCAAGGGAUACUGCAAUCCUCACUCUGACAAUUUCUAUAAAAAUAUCAUCAUGUCCGACACAUUUAGUCACAGCACAAAGUUCUGACUGGGCUUCUGAAUUUUUUUGAACCAAAAGAAGACAGAAGUCUGGCUGAAAUUGAGACUGGAUGUAUAACAGAAUGUGACCUGUUUAGUUAUUUUUUUUCCCAGUUCGUAGUGUUCUCCUGUUGACAACUGACUCAAGGACCAAUUUCUCUAUCUUUUUACUGUUGUGGAAAAAGACAAUUUUCCACCAUGGUAUUGAGUUAUUUUUAAAUGUGUGCCAGCCAACAUGAUGUCUGGACAGCUAAUUGUAAUCCUGUGUAAAUAUUUUUUAAGACUGAAGAGCCACAAGUCUAACUGUAAAUUAUAUAGUCCAAACAGAAGUAAGUCCUGACUCCCAGAGAAAACAGCAGACAUGUUACACAGUACAAGCAAGCUCUAAUUGAACAGUUUACUGUUUUUCUUUUGAAAAUAUAAUUUUUUUCCCUACAACGCUUGUUUGAUUCAUGCUUCUUUACUGUCUAGUGCUGUUUGUUCUUUAUUUGUAAGUGAAUAAAGCCCUAACAUCAGUGUUAAAGGAUUAUUUUUAACUGGUUUUGACUAAAUAGACCUAAUCAUGCAAAUUUUGCUUACCAAAACAGUAUGUGCUGUAAAUUCAGGCUAUUUUGUAUCCAUGUACAUAGAAACACACUUCUUAUAUAGGUGUGGUGGCUGAGAAGGGCAUGCAGAUUGCUAGUAACUCUUGCAAAUGUUAAGCCCGUUGAUAUGUAUGGAAAGAGACAGUCGAACAGACUAUUUGCAUCUGCAGACCAAGUACAUAGUUAAAUUCAAAGUUCGAACAAAGUCAAGCUUCAAUAUUUAUUGAUUGGUAUGUAUGAAAUGUGGCAUCUCCCAACGCAAUUUUGUGUUUAAUGUACUUUUUCACUAAACAGAAGAUACUCAACUAUGUAUAGCUAUACGAGGACCGACACAAAAAACCCGAGACUAACCCUGUAGCUCGGGAACCAAGAGCGGGAGGAGGGAGGUAAAGAGUUUGUUAUAGAGCGUGUUCUAACCUGUCUCAGUGAUAUAAGACUCAACUUGAUCCCUUCACUCAGUAUGAGUGGACACUUGUUCAAAUAUAGACAUUUUCUUACCAUUGGUUGGUAAAUGGUGUGCAAGAAUGAACAGUGGGUUAACAUCACAACAAUACACUAGCUUUAUCCGUGAAGCAGUUUUUAGCUAAUAACAACAUCACUGUGCUUCAGUGCCUACAAUGUUCACCAAACCUGGCUCUCUGCUAUUUCUACCUCUUCGCAAAGAUCAAGUCGGUGCUCAAAGGAACCUAUAUUUUGUUGGUAGAAGAUGUGAAAGCAAAAGCAACAGAGACCCUCAACAGCCUUUCAGAAAAUGAUCUGCAGAAUUGCUUUGAAUGUUGGCAGCAGCAUAUGCAGCUGUGUGUCAACUCAGAAGGAAACUAUUUUGAAGGUGAUUGUAGUUGAUUUUCUUAAUUUGUUAAAUAAAAAUAGUUACAGGCACAGUCUUGGGUUUUUUUGUGUUGGACCUCAUAUAAAUAUAAACCUAGAUCUCUUUUAUAGCAAUGCACAUAGUGAAUAGACAGAGGAGACCAUAAUGUGUAUCACAGACAAUCUAAGAACAAUGAAUGGUGCUAAAACUCAAGUUUAAGUAUUUAAUUACAAGAUUAAUACUUUGUAAGCCCAUGGGUUCGUUUAUGAGUCUCUGUACUUCAGAUAUGUUGUGUGUGUAUAUAUACCUCCAUCAGAUGGCAUUGCAACAUUAGGAUAACAUGGACUACACUUACCAGUAAUAAAUAAAAAACAUCUAUAUGGGCACGUAAUGUUAUCAAUAUCAGUAUCCCACUCUAGUUGGUUGAUUUAAUUGAGAUUGUUGGAGGCACAGAGUUUAAAGAAUGUUCAGGCAACAUUAGUGAAUUUCGCAUUGCUAUUCUGUGUGCAUAAUGAUAAGUUUUGUGUGUAUAUGCAGAGAACAGACAAGAGCAUAAAAUGCUUACUUGUUUUAAUCUCUGUAAGUGUGUGACGCUUUAGCAUGCGGCUAUAUAACUGCCAGAAGUGCAUCUCCUCACGAAGUAUGUCUUGCCCAAUGACAGGUUUUAUAAAAACCAAAACUGCAUAUGUUGCUGAGAGCAUGGGCUGAAACAUCAAAGAUAUUUUCCAGUAAUGUUUCCAGAGGAGAAUGUCUCCUAAUGGAAAUUUUUGUUCUUAAAAAGGCUUUUUUUUUUUAAACCAAAACAUCUGUAGCCAAAUACUUAAUUAAUUGUAUUCAGAAGCUGAUGAGAAAAUUGUGCUGAGAUUUUUCAGUUGCCAAACAGGUGGAUGUUCAGUGAUUAGGGAUGUGGAUUUGUGCCUUUCUUUGCUCUUUGCAUGCACCUUUGCAUGCAGAGAUCAUUUAAUGCUGUGACCGCACAAAUGGCGUAUUUUCCCUGGCUGCAAACACCUGGCAGGAGGAGAAUGUCUUGGUGGUAUUCAGUCCAGAAACACUGCUGUCGCUGCACGAAACAUAAUGAAACCUCAAUCUUGUAACUGCAAAUACUUAUAUGGUAGUGUGAAUGAAAAUCAACCCGAUUCACUUAAAAUGUAAUUGUUAACAGGGAUGAGUGUUGUCAGAUAUCUCUAACAAAGGAAAUAUUUUAGGGAGAGAUUAUGUACAAGCAUUUACUGAACUUAUAUUUUAUCAUCCCACUUGCUUAACUACUGUAGAUAAUAGUGUUCACAUAGCAGCUUACUGUGAGAUUUCUACCUGAUUAAGGUGUUCAGAAAUUAUUAGAAAGAAAACAAAACAUUCCUGACAAAAUGAGGAAUCAAUAAAAUGUAAUGAAUAAGUAAUAGAUAAAUAAAAAGCAAACACAGUAUCCUGACUGAAGCUGCGCUAUAACCUAUCAGUUUAAUGUACAGCUACCUAUAUUUCUGCUGAAUUAUGGUAUUUUUUUUUACUACCAUGUAGUAAUCUUAAACUGUCUGUGUCAGUUACAUGCUCUUGAAUGCUCUUAGUUCUACAGUGUAAAGCUUCUACUUUGUAGUUGACAUGCUGUAACCUCCCUUGUAUAUAUUUAUUUAUUUGUGAGGUUAAAUAUGUCAAAUAUAUUUAGCUUUAUUAUGACUGUUCUCAUUACUUUAAAACUAAGCUUCUGCUUCAUCAUAGAAGUAGAGGGAAAGAAUAAUUUCUUAUGUAUGUUUUUAUCCCAAACACCUUAUGAAACAAUUUACUGUAGUUCUGCCAUUUACAAGUAUGAGGAAACAUCUCAGUGUAAUUUGUAAUACUAGCCAGUGGAAUAUAGUGUAACAGGUUUGAAGAUGGACUAAAGUGGAAAGAAACAUUUUCAAGUAAACAUUCUUGAUGUUAGUGAUCCAAAUUAUUAAAGUCUUUUAAUAGUGACUGGUUGUUUUUUAAUUUUUUUUUUUGGUUUUUUAGUGUUUAAUGGCAAAAAUUACUCAGUGGAAUUCUGGAAAAUAUUAAGUACGUGAGACCAGUACGUGCCUAGCCAAAAUGUUGGAAAUAACAUGUGCUGCACUAGCUCCAUUUCAUCAGAAGAAUACGUUUUUGCAGAAUAUGCUUUUCCCUUUUUAUGAUUCACUCAAUGCCACAUCCAGUGAAUGAUCUGAAAGUUAUGCAAGUUUAUUUAUUUAUAGUAGCAGUCAUGUCACAGAAAUGAAAGGAAAUUGAGACCACAGCCAAUAUGCUGGAUGAUCUAGAAGUAAUAUAAAUGAAUAACCUAAAACUCAGGAAUUAUUUCUAUUCACAUGUUUCUUUCCAGCUGAAUGUAGUCCCUCAUUAUCAAUAAGUUGAUUUAACUUGUAAUCAUACUUUGACUGCUCUCUGUUAAAAUAUUUUAGUCAGUCAAUCACUUGAUUAAUACACACAUGUAUAAACAUUAAACGUGACAUACUAAUGGCCUACCUCUAAAUGUUUACCUUUAAGUAACAGGGAAACCUGCUGAAAUGUGUCAGCUUCCCUGUA